AAUGUACAAUCACAUUAAACAUAUUUCUGCCUUAGUCAUGUUGUGAAAGAAGAAUCAGAAGAAUCUUCCAUUGUAACAGAAAGACAACACAACAAGGAGAGCAGGAAUGGGACUCCAGGGAAGACUAUCUAUAGCUGUCAGAAUAAUAGUUCAUGUAUACAACUUGUCAGUGUACUUUAUUUAGUUUAUUCUAAUUUUCAAAGAAUGUUGCACAGGUGAUCUCAAACAUGUUCUGCCAAGCAGCUGUUAAUUCCCAUUCCAAUUCUUUCUUCCAUAACUCCCUUUUCUCAUAUUUUUUUUCUUAGCGCUCUCAUUUCUUUUCCAAUGAUUUUUCUGCAUAUAGAGGGAGGUAUAAGCAAACGUCUUCUGUUGACAGGGUUGUGUGAUCAAAACUGUUUGGAGAUCAUUGCCUUCAGAUCCUGCAGCAGUUAACAGAUGCAGUGCCCUCUUUGGCUGGGUUUGUCUAAAUCUGGGGGUGCAGCAUAUUCUUUUUCUUUUUCUUUUUGGUGAGGCAAUUGGGAUUAAGUGACUUGCCUAAGGUCACACAGCUUGUAAGUGUUAACUGUCUCUGAGGCCGAAUUUUAACUCAGGUCCUCCUGACUCCAGGGGUGCCACCUAGCUGCCCCAGCAUUUUCCUAUUCUGCAUGACCAGGGCGACCAAAAGUCUCUUUUAAGCUGGGACUCCAUUGCAGGCUCAGCUCCUGGACCUGGACGGUCCAGGUCUCCCCUCCCCUUACCCAGCUGGCCCGUAUCCUCUUCCCACACAGACAGCCCAGGUUCUGGUCUUCCAGUAGAGAACGCCCCAGGGAUGAGGAGCCCUUGUUCUCACCCCCACCCCAACCCCCAUCUCCCUUAGUUGCAGCUAACUGCCAGGGUAGUAAGACUUUCAGGAAUGCCGGCUGAAUAAAUGGGGGUGGUGGUGGAAGAAGCCCAAGGGGAGGGAGAGGUAGGUUGGUCGGUAGUGGGAAGGAGGUAAGGCUGAGGGUGUAGAGAUUUUGAGGUGAUGGAGAAAGAAAGGGAGGGGAUGAUGGAGCUCAAUUUCUUAUUGGAACCCAAUUUUCCAAGGAGGGUAGGAGGGUUAGCUUUUCUGCCGACGGAGGAGGGGAGGCCGCUGGGGCCUCCAGGAGGAAGAGCUUGGAACACCUUGGGCUGGGCUCAGCGUUUGGGAGCAGCCCGCGGGCUCAGACUUGGGCCCUUGGGGCUGAGUCGGAAGUUCAAGUGCAGAAGGCCUACAGUGGGAUGGGGGGACUCAGGCUUGAGGAUAGUGGGGUUUGAACAGCAGCGAGAUCAGGACCCAGGAAGUCAAGGGUGAAGGGAGGACAAACGAGUGGUGCAGGUCAUGGUCAUGGUCUUGAUCCCCCCACCCCCAAGCAGGGCUGGUGGAUUGGGAGGGCCGGGGGCCGGAGGUCCAGUGCAAUGAGGACACGGGGCCGGAGGGACGGCAGACUGGGAAGGGGGGAUGGUCCCCAGGGGAAGUUCGCAGGCCAAGCUCAUGGCAGGGAGGGGAAGGUGUGAGUGUGUGUGUGUGUGGGGGGGGGCAGAGGCAGGCCACGGGAGCCGGGGAAGCUGAUAACCGGGGGCUACGAUGUUUAAGGGGCACCCUUGAACGAACACUGAAGCCCCCAAGUCUGCGGAAGGGAGGGUCACAGAGCUGCUCCGGAGCUUUCGGACUCGGGUCGGGAGAUUCCCCAGCUCUGGGCACUUCGUGCCCAUUCCCGCGGAGAGGUAAGCUGAGGCCCGGUGCCGGGCCCGGGCCCGGGUCACACCAGUCUGGGAGCCCGAGCCCGACACCCUCCUCCACCUUUCAGCUCGGAACAGGUGAGGAAGAAGAGAGAACGAAUGAAGGAAUGAAUGAAUAAAUGAAAGGAGGCGCGGCCGAGUUAAAGGGACUAGAGGGUUCAGCAGCCUGUGCCGCUAUAGGCUGAGGCUCGCUUUGGGGCGGCACCAAAGAGCCCACGUGAGGAGGAGGCCUCCGCGCUAGGCCGCUAGGGCGAGGGCAGCGCUUUGAAUGGAGCGCCGCGGGAGCAACCUCAUCCAAUAGGCAAAAGGCGUCCUUUUGCGUCACCCGUUGCUGAGGCCGGAGCUGCUCUGCUCCUCCUCCCCCUCCUUUCCCUGUAGACUUGGCCACACCUCCUAGGAUCGGCGCCGACACCUUUACCCGGAAUGAGACUGCUGGAAUAGGCGAAGAAGCGAGAGCAGGAGGCGACUCAAGCCUCGGAGCCUCUUUACCCCAAUCUGGUGGCCAAAUAGAACGUCUGGGGUAGGCUGCGGCUGCAGUGAAGACUUCAACUUCCAGCAAGCCUCGCGGCCCCUGUUUCCGGAGCCCGCCCGGGGCGCGCAGCCUCUUGGGAGUUGAAGUCCUGGAGCACUAUGGUUUUUUUCCAGGGAAACACGUCCUUUCUCAAGGGCAGCGGGCCCGACGGCAGAAGCUGAUCGGACACUUCUCGCCAGUGGAGCCGCGAGCUCGGCUAGGGCUCUCCAUGCCAAAGAUAGCGGGACCGUGGAGAGGGAGGGACCUGGAGGGGGCGGGACCGGCGCUGGCCCUUUAAACACCAAACGGAAGUGGGUAGGCGGAGCCCUGGGCCGCGCUAUAUAAAGCGGCCCGAGCGACGCGGGCUCUCCAAUCUGCCAUUUUCUGCUUCGGGAGCCGUGCAACGUCCCGGCCCUUGUCUCCCCUUCCCUCCUCUCUUCCCCUCCCCGCCUCUGUCCUCUGCGCCCGCCCGCCUACGAGAGACGAUGGCCACCGAGCCCGCCGCGAUCACCGAGCUCGCCCCAGCCGACAAAAGGGAAGAGGAGGCUCCUGCUCCAUCCACAUCUGCAGACAAAGCCAAUAGUCUGGAUGUGGAUAGUGAAUCUAAGAAGCUGCUGGGCUUGGGGCAGAAACAUCUGGUGAUGGGUGACAUCCCAGCAGCUGUGAAUGCAUUCCAGGAAGCAGCUAGUCUCUUGGGUAAGAAGUAUGGAGAGACAGCUAAUGAGUGUGGAGAAGCCUUCUUUUACUAUGGGAAGUCUCUUCUGGAGUUAGCAAGAAUGGAGAAUGGUGUGUUAGGAAAUGCCCUGGAUGGAGUCCCAGUGGAUGAAGAUGGAGAGAGAGCAGAAGAUCAGGCUAUGGUAGAGAGUACUGAUAACCCAGAGGAGGAAGCAAGGGGCGUGUUGAAAGAACAGGCCUCUGAUGCCACGAAGGAGCAAGAGGCAGCACAAAAAGGCAAGGCCGAAGCUGCGGCCACUCCUGCUGAGGGGGAAGCCCAGGAACGUCCAGUGGAGGCUGAGAGCGGAGGAGGCGAUGUUGAGAUGGAAGAGGCGGAGGAGGCCCAGGUGGAAGCUGCCCCUGGAAGUCCUGAGAAGGCCCCAAGCACAGCCCAGGAGCCUGAGGCAGGAGCUGCUUCAGAGGAGCCACCAGCAGGGUCAGGAUCCCUGGCUGCCAGCCCCCCACAAGAUGGAAAAGCAGAGGAAGAGGAGGAGACCAAAGCAGAAGCAGUAGUUGAGGAGAAGCAGGGCGAGGUAGAUGCAAAAACAGAAGAAAAGCCCAGAGAUGCUUCUGAAGAGCAGCCAGCCCUGGCCUCAGGAGAGCCGGGAGCUGCCAUCAGGGUGGAAGGAAAGGCAACAGAAGCGGGAAGAGGAGAGGAGGCAGUGGCGGAGGCAGCCCCAGCAGCAACAUCCGAGGCUAUGAAGGGAGAGGAAGAAGCAGCCCCCGCUGAAGAGGAGCCAGCAGAGGGGUCAGCUGAGGCCCAGGAGGCAGCAACACCCAUGGAAGCCCAGGCAGAGGUACCAAUCGAGGAGAAGCCCGAGGAGCAGCCCGAGGAGCAGCCGGCGGCCACCCAUGCCGAGGGUCAAGGCAGCACACCCUCUGACCCUGGUGAGUCGGUCCCUGCAGAAGACCAGGCUACCCAGGAGCCAACAGACAUACAAGAGAACAGUGCUCCUGAGGCAGAGCCUCCAGCAGAGGUGGGGCCUGCCCAGGAGGGGCCCACAGGCACCUCAGAAGACUCCAAGGCAGCUGGAGACGGGCCAGAGAAUGGCCCUGGGGACCAAGUGGCUCUAGGAGCACCCCCUGAAGAAAAAGAUGAGCUGAUGAAGGAGGAGGAGGAGGAGGAGGAGGGAGAAGGUAACAGGGAGGCCAGGCCUACUGCCGUGGGGGGAUGACGUGCUGGACCUGACUCACUAAUGUGGGGGAAAGUCAGCCUUCCAUUCAGGAUUUUCUGUCUGCCUUUUGGAGUAGGAGCAGGAACAGGGUGGGAACUGAAGAAGGUUCUGAGCCCACUGGAACGGGAUCGGGAGGCAACAAGUCUCCCUUGGCUGGCUCAAACUAAUGCUUUUACUAACUGCCAUAGAGAUGGGGGAUGGCCAAGCAGGGGCAGGCGUAGCCUCAGGAACCAAGGCUGGCAGAGAAUGCUGAAUGGAUGUUCACUUGCAUGCCUCGGGUUAUUUAAACAUUUAUUGUUCAUAAGCGUUAUCUUAACAUCCGAUUUUAGGCAGUAGGGUCAGCACAGUAGAAUCCACAGAUGGGGAGCACAGAAGCAGGCUAGCUGUUUAAAGUGAGGGCUCUGUUCUGUGGAAGGAGUUAAAAUUGUGAGCUAUGAUACGCAGACAGAUGCUGCUGACCUGUAACAGGAGAGGGGCUUUGUCCCUCAAGCUUUGCUGCUGCUGCUGCUGCUGCUGCUGCUCUUUCCUCUCCACCUGCUUCCCCGCUCUAGCUGCUCACCUGCUUUAAUUUGAGCCUUGGUAACUUUUGUUUUUUAAUUGUUUUGUACAAUCCUUACAAUUGGCAAAAGAACAAAGCGAACAGUGUACGUAGAUCAAAUUAAUUCCUUUGGAAUGGUCUCUCAAGUGUGUUGUCAUUUGAGGAUUCUAC